AUGGUUGAAACUUUCGUUGACAUCCCCGACGACUAUUGUUGCCCGAUAACAGGCGAUAUCAUGGAAGACCCAGUUGUAGCACCAGACGGGCACAGCUAUGAGCGUGCAUCAAUCACAGCCUGAUUCCAAAAAAACAAAACUAGUCCUCUUACCGGCGCUGUUUUAAAAAACACUAUCCUAAUUGAUAAUCACAGACUAAAAGCAAUAAUCACCAGCUUUAAAGAGAGACUGCCCGAAAUCCAGCGUGAUUUCCAAAUAAAGCGAGAUUUAUUAGAAGCCAUAAACAUCAGAGAAGCAUUCUUUCAAGACCAUCUCCAAAAAGAAAAAGAACAGAUAGGGAAUAUCACAACCUUGCAUGAUAACGAGAAAGAAAAAAAUUUACUGCUUAAAAAUAAGCUCACUGCCUGCAAAAAAUUCCUUCAGGUAAAAACUGACCAAAUUGACACCCUUCAAGAAAAUCUGGAUAAUUUAAAAGGCAUAAGCGAAUCAAAAAAUGAUGAAAAUAAAAGACUUCAUGAAGAUCUUACUCAUGCUUUGGCUGAAAAUGAUGGGUUUAAAAGAGUGACUAAAUUGAGGUUUGAAAGCAUUUUUGAAAAGCUUUUAGAAGUACAAGAAAAUGUUAAGCAGUUAGAAAGAGUUAUAAAUUCAAAUAAAAUAAGUGCUUAUAGGCUGCUAACAAAACUUUAUGAUUCUAUCUCAAAACUAAUUAAUGAGGCUGAUAAGAAUAAAAGGGAGCUUGAAGAUAGAAAAGAAGUAUUAGAAAUCCAAAGAGGAGAAUGAAAUCUGCUCAGCCUUCAAAGCAAUAUUGAAGAGCAUGGAGAGCAAAUUUUAAAUCUUUAUGAGCCCAUAAUAAUAAAAGCGCCAGAUCAGCCAGAUAUUGAAAAUAAACUAUUAGCCCCUCAAGAGCUGAAAAAUAAAAAAUAUGCAAUUUUAAGCCGAGUAAAUGAUCCAAUAUCAGAAGAAGACUUCAGAAAAACUUGCUCACUAUAUGAUAACGACUUAGAAGAAAUUGUGGCAAAUCCACAGAUCAGCCAAGCUUAUCAAGAUUAUAUAGUUGCUUAUCAUCAAAACACAUCUCUUUAUUUUACCAGAAAUGUUGGAAAUAGAACUCAUUUAAUUGUAUAUGACACUGAAAGUGAAAGAGAAGAAAUAAAAGUCGUGGAGACUCCAGAGCCUAUAAAUAAUGGCUCAUGCAUGGCUCAGCUUCCUGAUGGAGAAUUAUUCUGCUUUGGUAAUUCAAAUCCGCCUUCUGGAAUUUCAUGAAUAAUUGAUGGGAACUAUGGGGUUAGAAUACUCACACCUGGGAAGCCUUGCUAUUACUCGUCAGCUGUAUAUUUCAAUAGAAAUGUAUAUUGUUUUGGAGGACUAAAUAAUAGCACUUUUAAUUUUUCUGAAAAAUUCAAUUUAGAUGAAAACCAAUGAGUAAAAUUAAGCCCAAUGCCGCAGGCAGAUGCUUUAUGUAGCUGCAUAGUGAUUGAUGGAAAUAUUUUGAUUUCUGGAUAUAGAAAUAAGCAUCUUUUGAAGUAUUCAAUUGAGAAUAACAGCUUCGCGAGGAUUUCUUAUGAAUUCUUAGCAGAAAAAAGAAAAAUUUUGUUAAAUGCAGAGAAAUUGUAUUUAAUUGAGUGCAGUUAUCAAGGAUUUAUAUAUGAAAGUAGGGACGAAACUAGUUGGAGACAAAUAGUUAGAUCAAAAAUUAGCUAUGAUAGUCCUGCUCAAAUUUAUUGCGCAUAUAAUAAAGGAGCAAUAUAUAUUGGAAUCGACUAUAAUGGAAGAUAUAAGUUUAAUUUAGAUCAAAAGAUGAUGAUUAAACUAUAA